GAAAAAAUUAAAUAUGUACAUGUGGAUUCUUGAUGAUUGAGGAUAAAGAGAAAUAAUUCAUGUUUAAAUGAAGUUAAUGAUGUUGUUUUAGAAAUGAAGAUAGCUAAGAAAUCCCAUAACAAGAAUGGCUGUGUAUGGUAUGGAAAAGCUAUUUAGAUUGGAAAUAUAAAAAUAAUUUCGAUAAGCCACAAGUUGAGCUGUUCUAUUUGUUGGAACAACAUUUUGAUGUACCCUUAAGGUAACGCCCAAGGAACUGUAAAAUUCAAAAAAAAAAAAAAAUAAAGAAUAUAAAAAUGCACUGCAGUAGAAGAGGGAAGACCAAGAUAAAGAAGAAAAAAUUUGUUUCAUUUUAUAUAUUUUAUUUUGUUGUAUACUAUCAAUAAAGUCUUCAUUUAAUAUAUACAAUAUUUUAUUUUAUAAAUCACAACACAAUCACUCUUAUGCUUCAUUUUAUG